AUCCGCUCAUCAUCACCGACAGUCACACUCAGUUCAGCACCGACUUCAAACAUCAGAUCAGUUUUUCUUCUCCUAUAUGGGAAACCCGCUGGUUUCCACUCAGCGUUGCGGCCACUUUGUUCCUGAUCUGGCCGGGGGUCCCGGCGCGCGCUGCUCCUGACAGGUGCGCGCGGUGCGCAGUGAGGAUGGGCAGACGUGAGGCGCACAGCAAAGGCGCGAUGAACACCAGCGAGCGCACCGAGCUCGGACGGCUGCAGAAUGCGGCGUCCAGCGGCCACGACGAGGCCGCCGAGGUGUCCAAACGGCAGGCGGCGGGCCGGGCAGCGCCGGAAGUGAAGAAGCACCAGCACAAACACAACUUAAGACACCGCUAUGAGGUGAUGGAGACUCUGGGCAAAGGCACGUACGGAAAAGUCAAGAAGGCUGUGGAGAGAGCCAGCCUGAAGACGGUGGCCAUCAAGUCAAUCCGCAAGGAGCGCGUAAUCGCUGAUUUGGACAGAAUUCACAUCCAGCGGGAGAUUGAAAUCACGUCAUCCCUCAGGCACGCCAACAUCAUACGCUUUCAUGAGGUGUUUGAAAGCCGGGACAAAAUAGUGAUCGUGAUGGAGUACGCCAGCAGGGGAGAGCUGUACGAUUACAUCCAGGAGAGGAGGAAACUCCCAGAGACAGAAGCCAGAGGCAUCUUCAGACAGAUCACCUCUGCUGUGCACUACUGCCACAAGAACGGCGUCGUGCACCGAGACCUGAAGCUGGAGAACAUCCUGUUAGACCAAGAUUUGAAUGUGAAGCUGGCUGACUUUGGCCUAUCCAAUCAUUUCCAGAGGGGCACUUUGCUGCAGACGUACUGUGGAAGUCCACUCUACGCUGCCCCAGAGAUAGUCAAAGGACUUCCUUAUCAGGGGCCAGAGGUGGACUGCUGGGCGUUGGGUGUGUUACUGUAUGCUUUGGUGUACAGCAGCAUGCCGUUUGACGGGGCUAGUCACACCACGCUCAAAGAGCAAAUCAGCAAAGGUCGCUACCACAAACCCAACCACCCCUCAGAUGCCUGCGCUCUUAUUGACUGGUUGUUGACAGUAAGUGUGGAUGAGAGGGCCACGAUAGAGGACGUGGCCAACCACUGGUGGGUAAACUGGGGUUACGAAGAAAGCGCGUGUGACUGUUCUCUAUCUCCAUGCCAAGACUCCCCCUCCCCUCUGCUGGCUCGCUACAUCGACUGGCAAAAUCAGGUCGCCGCUAACAAUAACAUUACUGUUGGUGCUGUCUCUGACACCUGCUGUCCACCUCACAUCUCUUCCAACCCCUUUUACUUCAGCUUACCGCAGAAGGAGGAUUGCGGUGCUGGAAGGGCACAUGGAGGGAUGUCAAACCUUAGGAAGUCACGCAAGGAGAAUGCCAUCUCACCUCAGACAGUAUUGGGAGCUUGUGGUGCUUCUUGCCCAACAGCACCCUCUUCUGCUGUGGAUAGUUCAUCUUCAACAAUUGAACGGAAGAAACCUAAAGGGAUUCUUAAACCCCAGAGGAGUUUGGACUCUGUCUUUCAGAACAUUCAGAAAGACAACCCUCUCUCCCAGCCUUGUAAAAAUGCUCCACAGACUUAUCGGACACAGACCCUUGCCCACGCACACACUGACAUCCUGCCCACCAGUCUGCAGCCUCCCUCAACAUUCAGUCAGCCCUCAUCAAAAAUGCCCAAAAAGGGGAUACUAAAGAACCUGUGUUGUGGUGAGGCACGUUCUCGCUCAUCCACAGAGGGAAGGGGUUCUGCUACAGAUCUGGGUGAGAAAGACAGCAGUGAUGCUGGAUAUUUGUGCUCCUCAAAACCGGCAGAGAAAAGCCCUACUAUGCGCACUGAGGCAGUCCGGAGAAGGAAGGGAAUUCUAAAACGUAACGGCAAGUUCUCUCGCAGUUUGGAUCUCCCCGGCGAGUGCCACUCAUUUCCCUGUUCAGGUGCUGCAAUCUUUCCAGAAGCCCUACAGCAGCUCCUCCCGGCCACAGAGGGCGCCGACGACAGCCACAGCCGCCCUUCUAGUGUGGUAAGUGAAGACAGCAUCUUCUCCUCCGAUUCAUUUCACCUACUGGACCUCAGCGUCCAAUCACGUCGCAGGAUUUUUUCCAGCGGUUUGCUGCACAGAGCCUGCAGCUCUGAGGAUGAUCCGGAGCAGCCGAGAGACAAAGAAGAAACGGAAGCGUCGAACAAAAUGCUAACACGAGCCAAGGAAUUAUAGAGACAUUGGAGCAUGUUUUCUGCUCACAAUUAGUGCCUGACAUCUGGAAAAGAAACUGUUUUAUCUGGAAGGGUAUGAGCACUUGUACUCUGCGAAAAUAUUAUUCUCGCGUCAAAGUAUAAUUUGUAUGUUGAAUGAUGUCACAACUACAAAUGCCUAAAUAGGAUUCAGUAUCUGAUAAAAUGUAGAAAUAGGACUUGAGGACUCACUCUGACCUCACACGCACACUUUAGAUCUCUGUAUUGAUGAGCCUUAAGCCUGGGUCCCACCAAAUAAUAAGCCAUGAAUAAUGAGCCACACAUGGGUGUGUCAGCAAUUAUUCGAAGAAUGACCCACGUUUUCAUCUAUCACGUAUCCGCUAC